GGCUGAGGGGAGGCCCGGAGCCUUUCUGGGGCCUGGGGGAUCCUCUUGCAUUGGUGGGUGGAGAGAAGUGCCUGCAGCCAACCAGGGUCAGGCUGUGCUCACAGUUUCCUCCGGGCGGCAUGUAAAGGCUCCACAAAGGAGUUGGGAGUUCAAAUGAGGCUGCAGCAGACGGCCUGAGGACCGACCGGAGCCCUGAGCUGUGUCUCCUGAGUCUGGACCUGCGGAGCAUGGUCCUGAGGCAGCCGCGGCCCUGACCACAGGAGAAGGCAGGUUGUGAGCAGCCCGCAGGUCCCCUGGCCAGCCCCCGCCCCAGCCCGGCCGAGCUGUGAGACACAGGGCUGUGCAGGCGGAGCAGAGCCAGCAGAGGCCAGUGAGGCAGGGCUGCUUGGUGGCCCAGCCAGCCUGCGACUCAAGGACCCCUCCUGGAGGCCAUGGACAGGCUGCCUCUCUGACGCCAGGGGAAGCAUGUGAGGAGCUGCCCCAGAAGCCAAGCAGGAGGGAAGAGGUUUUCAUAGGCUCUGUUCGCAAAGAAAAACCACCAUUUUGCAAGGACCAUGAGGGCGCUGUGUGUGACGUGCUGGUGGCUGGGACUGCUGGCCGCCUCGGGAGCUGCCACCGGCCAGAAGGAUGGUUUGGAGGGCACCGAGGAGGGCUCACCGAGCGAGUUCAUUUACCUGAACAGGUACAAGCGGGCUGGUGAGUCCCCGGACAAGUGCACCUACACCUUCAUCGUGCCUCAGCAACGGGUCACAGGUGCCAUCUGUGUCAACUCCAAGGAGCCCGAGGUGCUCCUGGAGAACCGUGUGCACAAGCAGGAGCUGGAGCUGCUCAACAACGAGCUGCUCAAGCAGAAGCGGCAGAUUGAGACACUGCAGCAGCUGGUGGAGGUGGACGGUGGCAUCGUGAGCGAGGUGAAGCUGCUGCGCAAGGAGAGCCGCAACAUGAACUCGCGGGUCACGCAGCUCUACAUGCAGCUCCUACAUGAGAUCAUCCGCAAGCGGGACAACGCACUGGAGCUCUCCCAGCUGGAGAACCGGAUCCUUAACCAGACGGCCGACAUGCUGCAGCUGGCCAGCAAAUACAAGGACCUAGAGCACAAGUACCAGCACCUGGCCACGCUGGCCCACAACCAAUCGGAGAUAAUCGCACAGCUUGAGGAGCACUGCCAGCGGGUGCCCGCGGCCAGACCUAUGCCCCAGCCGCCCCCUGCCACUCCGCCCCAGAUCUACCAGCCGUCCCCCUACAACCGCAUCAUCAAUCAGUUCUCCACCAAUGAGAUCCAGAGUGAUCAGAACCUGAAGGUGCUGCCGCCCCCCCUGCCCACCAUGCCCACCCUCACCAACCUCCCAUCCUCCACAGACAAGCCAUCGGGCCCAUGGAGAGACUGCCUGCAGGCCCUGGAGGAUGGCCACGACACCAGCUCCAUCUACCUGGUGAAGCCGGAGAACACCAACCGUCUCAUGCAGGUGUGGUGUGACCAGCGGCACGACCCCGGGGGCUGGACCGUCAUCCAGAGGCGCCUGGACGGCUCUGUCAACUUCUUCAGGAACUGGGAGACGUACAAGCAAGGGUUUGGGAACAUUGAUGGCGAGUACUGGCUGGGCCUGGAGAACAUUUACUGGCUGACGAACCAAGGCAACUACAAACUGCUGGUGACCAUGGAGGACUGGUCUGGCCGCAAGGUCUUUGCAGAAUAUGCCAGCUUCCGCCUGGAACCUGAGAGCGAGUAUUACAAGCUGCGGCUGGGGCGCUACCAUGGCAACGCUGGAGACUCCUUCACCUGGCACAACGGCAAGCAGUUCACCACCCUGGACAGAGACCAUGAUGUCUACACAGGAAACUGCGCCCACUACCAGAAGGGAGGCUGGUGGUAUAACGCCUGCGCCCACUCCAACCUCAAUGGGGUCUGGUACCGUGGGGGCCAUUACCGAAGCCGCUACCAGGAUGGAGUCUACUGGGCUGAGUUCCGAGGAGGCUCCUACUCGCUCAAGAAAGUGGUGAUGAUGAUCCGGCCCAAUCCCAACACCUUCCACUAAGCCAGCUCCCCUCCUGACCUCUCGGGCCUUCGCCAGGAGCCUGCCCCCGCUCGCGGGCCCAGCACACAAAGCAACUCCUCCCCAGUUCACCUGGGCCAGGAGGACUGGAAUGCUGGAUUCCGUUUCCCCAAGUCACCGCGGCAGAUGAUGGAACUGACUAUACAGUAUUCUCUGUCCCUACCACUCUUCUUCACACCAGACAGCCCCUCGUGUUCCAGACAGGACGGGACUGCAGACCAGUCCUUCUUUAAAUAAAUUAAGUCCCUACAAUAAAAACACAGCUGCAAAAUACCUUCAUAAUAUAUGUGUAUGAGCUGACCUUGUACACUUAGGUGUAUGCCACACAUAUGCAUUUAGAUAUAUGGCACGUGCAAUAUAUCUAGAUACAUAUACAAGUUUGCCUUAUAUACCUUAAUACACAUAUAUUCAAUUCUCGCGUGUUGAAGCUCCUACCAACAGCAUGGCUCCUGGGAGGAAAGCAUUUCCUUAUGUGGUGUUACUUGAGUCUAAGAGCAGAUCACAGACUGCACAGCUGGUUCAGAGCUCAGUCCUGGCGUCUGUGUGCCUGAGUGCUUCCUGGAAUGUCGGCAACACUGCUCUCUCACACUGGGGUUUCCAACUGAAGAGCCCUUUUGGGCACCUAACCAAAUUUCAAAAUCCCCUCUAUCUCCAUUUCUAUACUCCACCCAUUCUCAGGACUUCCACCGUGCAUCCAUCCAUCCGUCCAUCGGCUUAAUCAUUCAUUCAACGCCGUUCAGUGCAUGCCUUGUGUGUCACUCCUUGGCCACUCACUCUACUUCCAGGCACCUUUCUGCUCUCCUCUUCUCCAUGCCUACCUUCUCCUUGCCUUUUCUGUCGCACCGUCCUCUCUUUCUAGGCACGAUUCCUUUGCCUCUGAGUAGGAGACAUUCCAGGCUCCAGAUUUCUGGCCAGGAAAGGGAAGACCAGGCCCAAGGCUAAUAACCAGCCACAUAGAUAUUGUAUUCGCAGUUUUGUAUUUUCCAUUCACACUUUAGCCUACAUGUCAUUUUAAUCAUCAUAGGAAUAAUAACCUACCUUGCCCAGGAGAUAGACCAUUGAAGACAAGUCAUUAUCUGAUCAUUGGGAGAUCAGUGGUUACAGAACAAAGGUGCCAUGCUCUCAGGCCAACUAGAGUCCACAUCUCAUCCCCAAACUACACCUCCUCGGAGAAUGCAGGUGCCACGAAGAUGAGAACUGGCCACUUCUUGUGAGUUACUAACUAGGGCUGCCGGCCCUCUUGUUUAUUGCAUCACAGUGAGGUGGCCUUCCAAGUCCUCUUGGCUAUAAAGUGUAAGACUCAGUACUACCAGAACUAUUGCCAAACAGGGGGCAAGAGAUGAGUCAAGGUGAGACCCUCCCAGUGGGCAAGUGGGUCGGGGGGUGCGAGACAUUGGAAUAUUUGGUACUGUCCAUGUCUGGGUGUGUGCCUAUUACCUCAGCAUUCUCACAAAGUAUACCAUGUAGCAUGUUUUGUGUAUAUAAAAGGGAGGGUUUUUUAAUAUAUUCCCAGAUUAUCCUUGUAAUGGCACAAAUCUGCAAUAAAAGCCAUCAGUGCUAUUUGGAUGUA